ACUCGCGCAACAUCACCAUUCUUUCACGACCUCACUCUUUUGCAUCUGCAAUUGAAUACCCCACAGUUCGUUCGCACGACCACCACAGUCAAGAUGCCUUCUCCCGCCCGCGUCGGUACUCUGUACCCUGCCUUCCGCAGCAAGUUCGGCCCCAAGUACAACACCAUCCCUAACGUUGGUGGCUGGACCAUUGCCUCCGUCGUUAAGCUCGGAACCCGCGCUGCUGGUUUCGGCGCUGCCGCCGGUGUUGCCGCCCUCUUCUACACCUCCGGCAUCCCGAGAAUCCAGAACGACAUCCUUGUUAAGAUCCCCAUUGUUGGCCCCAAGUUCCUCAAGGAGGUUCCCCCUGCGUCUGACAACCCAUUCUAAAUGCCUUUCAUGACCCGGCUAUGCUUUUUUAAUGCUGAAAAUGUGGUGAGCAUGGUCGAAUGAGGUGUUGGGAUGGAGGGAUGUCCACCCUUCGGGGCUUGUAUAAAAGAUACAAUAGACUCUUUGACUUUAGUUGAUGUGUUUGAAUAAGGCAGUGAUUCGAAAACUAAGUCAACCUAACUACUCUGUGCUAUGUAUUUUCUACGC